ACAAGUUUCGAAAUUUGACUAUAGAUGGCCGACCACGCGACUUUCUGGAAAGUUUCGACUGCUAUCGUGGCAUGCAGAUCGCAAUUUGAAAGAGAACCCUUUAUCGUGAAUCCAGUUAAAGCAAAUAGUAGUUUAAGCGAUCAUGAAUAUAUCCUUUUGCCUUUUGGAAGUGUGUGUUGAUAGUUUGGAAUCUGCCAGAAACGCUGAGCUGGGCGGCGCCAGUCGGCUGGAAUUGUGUUCCAGCUUGUCGCUGGGAGGACUUACGCCAACGGUCGGUCUCGUUCAAUCGGUGAAGCAAUUCGUCAAGUUGCCCGUUUACGUCAUGGUAAGGCCUCGUGAGGGAGAUUUUGUCUACGACGAAGACGAACUAGUCGUCAUGGAACAGGACGUAAUUUCUCUGAAGGAAGUUCAAGUUGAUGGAUUCGUUUUUGGUGUUCUUCGUCCAGACUGCACUGUUGACCGCGAAGCCUGCCUUCGAUUGAUUACUUCUGCCUACCCACUACCGUGCACCUUCCACCGGGCUUUCGAUGUUACGACGGAUGCGUUCGUUGCCAUGGAGGAUCUCAUUCAGCUAGGUUUUCGUCGUAUUCUGACGAGCGGCCAACAGCAGACGGCCGAAGCUGGUUUGGAUCUCAUUGUCCGUUUGCGAGAAAGAGCCGGCGAACGGAUCGUCAUUAUGGCCGGAGCAGGUGUGACGGAAGGUAACGCCUCCUCCAUUGUGUCUGCAUCGCGAGUUACGGAGAUUCACGGUUCAGCCAGUCGACAGCGUGAGUCUCGGCCCAAUUCAAUCCGCAUGGGUAGUGGGCCGGAAGUUGGGCGUAAACGGGUUACUUCUCCAGAUCUCGUCAAACUCAUUGUACAAUCCAUAUCCGGCCACGCUCCAAUUGGCAUUCAAACAGAAUGAGAUUUUUGUUGUCUGUCAUCCUCUCAUUUGGGACGAUAGUUAUUGUAUUCAUGCAUGCGCUUGCAUAUUUUUCAUUGGAUUUACGCUCUAAUUACCGGCUCUUCCUGUUGACAUUAUCACAAUUCAAUGAAGAUUCAUUCAAUUG